GACAUGCUGUGGAUCAACCCAUAUCCAACCCCAGCCAGUCUAACUGUACCUAUUGGUCUUUGUCUCCGCUUUCGCCACCGCCUGCCCUUACACGCAUAAAUUUGUCCUCGAAGCUCCAAGCCUGCAACUUCUCUGCAGUACAUACCCCCAUUCCCAUUCAAAUCUCUGUCUUGUUUAUAAUAUGCCACCCAACAGCGCAAAUACAGCUUAUAUCAACACAUUUCUUGUUGCGUGUGGUAAUGGUGACCUGCCGAAAGUCCAGGAGGCCCUCGCGAGCGGGCGACUCUCUGCUGAGUCUCUUGACACCGGACUCAGCCGCGCCACCCAAGCGGCACAUCUGGAUAUCGUGGCCGCGCUCUUCGAUGCCGGCGUGCCCAUGACAUCCCGCACAGUAGGCUCUCUUUGCGGGAAGGAAGGCCAUCAGGACCCGCGUGUAAUUCGCCUCUACUUUGACCGUGGCCUGAAACCUAGAAAAUGUACCACGUCCUCCGGCGAGCCUCUUCUCCGCUUUUUGAAUGCUGCCUGUGCUCGCGAGUUACUGGAGCGAGGUGUUGACCCCAACCGUUGCGGCCCAACAAAGACAAAACCUCUCGCCAGCGCCCUUAACAUGGCCUAUAAAGACAACGGAGCUGUGUUCGACCUGCUCGUUGAAUAUGGGGCUAAGGUGGAAUCCAGUCUCUUCUUUUCCGCUAUUUGUUGGAGCAGGUCGAAUACAGCGUUCAAAACUAGAUUCCUUCUUGCCAAGGGUCUUGAUCCGAACACGACCUCCGCGAACUGGGGCACGCCUUUACACUGUGCUGUCCGUUUCGCCAUGGAGGACGUGGUCCAAAUACUACUAGACGCGGGCGCAGAUCCUACGGCGCGACCGGGGUGCAAACAAUUCCGUGACCGAAGCCCUGCGGAAGUAGCCGAGUUACACAUACAGGUCAAGCAUCCUAGCAUGCAGGCCAAGUAUCAGAGUAUACUCAAACUCCUUGUAGAUGCAGAACAUGCAACAAACGCGGUACAAGCUAAUACAGAGAAGUCAAGCGCCGAGAAUGCUACAGAGCCUACAGCAAAGAGACAGAAAACCAAUAGCCAGCAUACUGCUGUUAAGAAUACUCCGAUGGGGGUUAUUUCUCAGGAUAGUAUUAGCAGCCGAACACGGAGUCGUACCAAGUGUCUCCUAACUAGAUCUACUGCGGUUAAUGGCUUGUUUCGCGGUAGUAGAGCAGGGUAGUAGGUUGGCUACACAGGAAACACGAGCUCCUUCAGUCUUACGGGCGGUCGGAUGUUAUUCCUUUGUACGGAGUAUGCUUCAGCUUGCUGUAGCAUAACUAAUUGUCCUGAAGUACUCCAAAUACCUGCUAUUCCUUUCCUCCUUUCCACCACUGAUUCGCCAGGAUUCGUUCCGUUGUACUAUGUCAGUCUUUGAUGAUUUCCCCCUGGGAUAUAUUAUACAUGAGACGGCAAUGGCUGAAUGAUUAUGGUAUUCUAUCCUGCCGUCAUUUUGGUUGACAUGAGAUAAUGUAAG